AUGUCUCAAUACCAGGGUGGUCACCAGGGGUACUUCGGCCAGAAUUCUGCUGCCGCUCAGAAUGCGUCGCAUCGUCCCCAAUACACUUCCUACUCUCCCCAGCCAGAACAGGCCACUCUUCCGUUGAGACGAAUGCCCAGUUAUAUUGCUGGCGACGAUUCGACUUACGCUCCUAGCGGAUCUAAUGAUCCUGGAUAUGGGCCUCAAGGCCAUGUACCUGCCCCAAAUGUUUACAAUAAUCUGACAAACACCUCGCAGGCCAACUUGGGUUCGAGACACUCUCAGUUCUCAGUGAAUAGCUCCCAACAAUCAAACCCGAGUCGCGCAUCUUCACAUGGUUCAUCGGCGAUCUCUACUUAUCAAACACAGGCAUACCAAGCUUCAGUCCUACCUCCAACGUCCCCGACUACAGCAUACAACCCCCAGCAAUAUGCCCGGCCGCACUCGUUAUCUCAACCGCCGUCCAUGUCCUACAACCCACAAGCAUACACCAGCGUCGGUGGUAAUCAACAAUAUACAAAUGCCACAUCAGCAUAUCAGCCCUAUAAUCCGGCUGCUUAUCAACCAAACCCAGCAUUACACCGGCAACAGACGAAUGCUUCGAUACGCUAUCAACAACCCGCUGCAUAUGGAAUGCCGUCUCCCCAACCACAAGGCCCCCCGCUUCCUCCUCGGGGGGCAGAUCAUCCUUACGGCCCGCGUCAGACCCAGUAUCCAGAAACAUCCUCGGUUCCGAACUAUGGUUAUUCUCCCACAAACCAAGCCUCGCCCUCGCUGAACUACAAUUCAUCGUUAUACCAUACUGGGCAGGUAUCGCCAGGCUAUGCGUCAAAUCAAUCUUACAUGGGCUCGAGUCCGAAUUCGCUCCCUUCACGCCAACCUUCAUACACAUCACACGCGUCGUCUCCUCCCCCAGCAGUGCAGCCGUCUCCUUCUAUUGAGGAACGGCCUCCUGCGCCACCUGCUCACCAAUCCCAUGGUGAUUCAGGAUACGGGAAGCGUUCGAGUAUCUCAGGGCCGUCUUUGAGGAAUUCAGGAUCGUCACCAACCUACCAGACAAAUCCGUCAUCGUUUCCACGAAGGACAGAUACUCUCACGCGCCAUCCACAAUCUCGCCCUCUUCCUGGUCCUCCACCUGAUGCCGAAGCGGAGAUACAGAAUGGUUCAACAAGUACUUAUGAUGAUCUAAUGAGAGAGGUUGAAGCUGCUAUGCAAGGGAAAUCUUCAGAAAUGAGAAACAAUAAUACCACGUGGUCAUCUGAUAUGGGAGAAGAACUCACCGGGGAUGAGCCUCGUCCUUUACUUACUCAUGGAGACAACCAGACACCCCAGUUGUCUCCUGAUGAGCACCACACACACACAAAUGGGAGUGUUGCAACUGGUACAGGGGAAUACGUUAAUUAUGAUGCGUACAGCGAUGGCAGUGAGGCAGAAGCCGCAUUCGGAGUUGCAUCCAUGCAGAUAGCAGCGGAUGAAGAGGGAAGAAACAGAGGCGGAACAUCGGCUUCGUUAUUCAACCCGCAUGGACACCAACCAUCUAGCCCCAGGUUGUACACGUCUUAUCAAGAUGCUAGUAGCGACAGUGAUUAUGUAAAUCAUGAUUUGUCGCUAUAUGGAGGAGGUUACGACGGCCAGAUGCACUACGGGGUUCCACUAGCUUCAAGUUCCGAGAUAAAGCUCCCCCGAAUAUCGACUUCUAUACCAAACUCCGGAGGAUCGCGCAACGGGCAUACUGCUAAUGAAGACUCAGUACAAGCAUUCACUCCCACUACUCCAGCGCGUGUUGAUACUGGGGGUACAGGCGGAUUUGCAAGGCCGGGUGCUGCGGGACACCGUAUGAGCUUCGAUGACAUUGAUGAAGAAACUGUGCUGGCGAUGCCUGAUAGUGAUGCUCCAUCUGGAAGUCAAAGUCCGGAGAAGGGUGAGCCAGCAGACCUUUUCUACCAUCCAGGAAUGCGUCCACUUCCUCCUGCCCCUGUUGAACCUGCGAACAAGCAAAGUAUUUUGCCGCAUUUGAUUCCCGCAGGAACUUAUCGAAACAGUCAAACAAGUGAUGAUCAUGAUGACCUCGAUCAGUUCAGGCCUCUUCCGCAAAACAUUUCUUCCGAUGCUUACUCACAAUCACAAACUAACUUGUAUCAAGUUCCGCGGUCGUCAUCCUUAUCGAGUCAUAGCAGUACGCCGCGUACUGAAGCCCCCAUCAGAUCCAAAACCGAUGCGGAUCGUGUGAAAUAUAAGCAGCAGCAGGAGUUUUUGCGCCAGCAAGCGCAAGAUGUGACUGGCUCUCUCGGGUACAAUGCUACGCCAGAACCGUCUGCUAUAGCUCUUGAUCUACCCACCAUUCCUGCUAACAGAAGGAAGAAAUUUAACCCAGCGAAAUUAUCGUCGGAGCAAUUUCGUAAGUGCUCGGAGCCUUGGGCGCUUAGUUCAAUUGUUGCUUGGGUAAAAGAUCUGAGUGAAGGUGAAACGGAUCUUAAGGUGCAUGCUGUUAUCAAUGCCAUUGUUGCACUGUUCACACAUAAAGUACCCACGAUGAACACUGCUGAUGCGGAAACUCUCGGUGCUUCAGUUGUCAAAAGUAUGCUGGAUGAGGGUGCAUUGAUCGAAGAUGAAGAGUGGGUCAAAUUCAGCGACACAUCAUUGUCUGGUGUUUUGUUCCAGAUUACCGGGAGCGGAUGCUAUUCUUCACGACUUCACGUUCAUGAAACUAAAAACUUUGGUCGCUGCUACUCUCGCCAUUGCAUGAGAACGCUAAGGAAGAUCAACCUCAGGGCUCAAGUGAUGGAGCCCCAGAAGAAGGCGCAAGACUGGGUUACAUUCUAUGGAAUCCCUAAAGAAGUCUGGGAAGCCCAUCCUAAGAAAGAGCUCGACCGUCAAAAUAACCUUCACGAAAUUGUCACUACCGAAGACUCCUAUAUUGGUCAGUUAGACGUGCUGAGAGAGCUUUAUCGUGAUCAACUAGCCGGCAUGCAACCGUCCAUUAUGAGCCCGAAACGCCUGGAAAAGUUCUUACAAGACGUUUUUGGAAAAGUUGAUGAUGUCAAAAGGGUCAACGAGGAUUAUCUCUUGGCACAGCUCAAGUACCGGCAGAAGGAACAAGGACCUUUUAUCACUGGCUUCAGUGAUAUCUUUCGGGAGUGGAUACGAAAAGCAAAGGCAGUUUACAUAGACUACGCUGCCACUUUUCCUCAAGCCAAUUUCUUGGUUCGCAAGGAAGCUGAGCGUAACCCUGUCUUCCGGCAAUUUUUGAAUCAAGCUCGUGACAACAAAUUAUCAAACCGUCUCAGCUGGGACACGUAUCUCAAGUCCCCCAUUACGCGAAUUCAGCGAUACACCUUACUUCUAUCGACAGUGCACAAAAAUAUGGUCAAGGAUUCAGAGGAGAAGACUAAUCUAGCACUGGCUAUUGAGGAGAUCAAGGUUGUUGCAUUAGAUUGCGACAAUAAGGUUGGUGAGAUGUCAAAGAAGGUUGAUCUCAUGGAACUUUCUGCAAAACUUCAACUCCGACCAGAGAUGAGAAGCGAAGUCGAGUUGAAUCUUGAACAUCUAGGAAGAGAAAUAAUCUUCCAAGGCGAUCUCCAGCGGCCUGGUAACCGAACGAGGUUCAAUUUGGUUGACACACACGCGGUUCUUUUCGAUCACUAUCUUGUAUUGGCUAAGGCAAUGCAAGGCAGUAGGGCCGAUAAAUCAGAAGUGUAUGAUGUGUCGAAACUACCGAUUCCUAUGGACUUGCUCGUCCUGGAGAGUACGAAUGAUGACCCGGUGGUGAAAUCGUCGGUAAAGGGCAUAUCAGCAGUGGCGCCUCCAACAGCUGCUGCCGCCGCCGCAGCGCGCGGCCCUGGUCCUGGUACUCUGACACAUACUACCAGUGCCAACUCCGCAGCUUCGGCCGGGGGCUCUUCUACUAAGUCGUUUGUGGCAACAACUGUUCUUGACAAUUCCAAGGACGACAAAAUCUUGUACCCUUUCAAGGUGAAACAUUUGGGUAAGACGGGUACUUACACGCUUUUUGCGCCAUCAAUUCAAAACAGGCAAGACUGGUGUGAAAAGAUUAUAGAAGCCAAGACGAGACAUGCCGCUUCCCUGUUCGCGCAAAAUGCUGAGCCUUUCCGACUGCGAGUGCUAGCUGACGCUGCUUUUGUCUACUCUGAAGCACCAGCUGCUAAACCUGUUAUGAUUAAUGGUACACCACUGGAUCGGGCUAUACAAGAUGUCGAAGCCAAGUAUUCCAAUAUAGGCAUAAGGCCUAAUCCUGUCUGCAGAGCAUCUGUUAAUUGUGCUACGAUAUUCAACCAGCCAAGCGGACGACUAAUGUGCGCUAUUGGCACCGAUGUCGGUGUUUUUAUGUCGCAAUACGAUGACCCUCGUGGCUGGGGCAGGGUAAUUACAAUCAGCCGAGUUACUCAAAUUGCAGUUUUUGAAGACUUCAACUUGCUACUCCUCAUUGCCGACAAGUCCCUCAUAGCAUAUCACCUGGAUGUUGUUUGUCCAACCAGUGGCGUACCUUCUCAAACGUCUCAACAUGAUUCCGCACGCCGAGCUCCACAGAAGAUAUCAGGAAAUCGUGAAGUUGGUUUCUUUUCAAUCGGUAGAAUGAAAGAUCGAGUAUUGGUGUUUUACAAGAAGAGAGAUGGCAUUUCAUCAACUUUCAAGGUUAUCGAACCUGUCCUUCACAAGUCAACGGCUAGCCGUCCGCGUAUCUUUUCCUCUCGUCGCGGGCAAACUGAAUUCUUCCGCGAGUAUGACGAGUUCUACAUUCCUACGGAAAGUUACAAUAUCAACUUGUUCCACACCUCUCUGGCUAUUUCCACGCAACGUGGUAUUGAGGUCUUGACGCUUGACAAGAAACAGCCCUGGUCUGUACCGAAUCUCAGCUCUGAUGUCCCGGAGACACAGCCCUAUUUGACCAGUAUUGCAAGCCGGAUCAAAGAUCUGCGGCCCCUUGGCAUGUUCCGACUUAGCGACAGCGAGUUCUUACUGGCGUACAGCGAAUGUGCAGUCUAUGUCAACAAACUCGGCGAUGUAUCUCGAAGCGUUGUCAUGGAAUUCGUUGGCCGAGCACAUACGGCUUGUCUAUAUGGAAAAUUCCUCAUUUUACUGAAUGACGAUUUUAUCGAGGUCCGCAAUGCCAUGAACGGUCGAUUGAGGCAGGUCAUCCCUGGCCGUAAUGUGGUCUGUCUCGAUGACAGUGGCAACUUUUCUGGACCUGCUAGCAACUUUUCGGAUUCCGGCGUUAAUGGACAACAUACUUUGACAAGAGACCUCGCUCGCGUUGGUCGUACGGUGAAAAUCUGCAUGCAGCACCCAGAGUACGAGCGCAGUCAGAUCGUGGUUGAGCUGAUCGAAAACGAAGGGCAAAAAGACUAG